CACCAUUCCAACACCAUUUUCUUAUCCAUUCGUCCUCUCUCACAAGCCCAACGGCCAAACACCUGCUGCGACACCUUGACUAGUUUUUGAGAGCCUGCGCCAAUCCUUCAAUGCACCGACCGAAAACACUCGCAUCUGGUGAGGCGACCCCGGCGAAGCCUGCGGCGCGGUUGUAUGGUGGCACUCCACAAUCGACCAACCGCCUCAUUAGGCCGUUCAAAUGCCCUGGCUCCGCAACCUCGACACGGGUAUCGGAAAAGCCCGCAAGGAAGAGACGGAAGGUUGACUAUUCUGGUGCCGGCGGGGAUGACGGAGAAGGUGACAAGCCGUACUCGAACGAUGAUCGAUUAGCACUUGCCACGCGUGAUGCAAAUCGCUUCCCCGUAUUCAAACCCAAGGACAAGGACACACUGUUCAAGGCCAAGUUCAUCAUUCCUCUGAUCAACAAGGACACGGGUGCCUACAACCCGAACCGGCCAGCUCCGCUGCUCGGUAUGCGGAUAGGCACAGUCUUUGUUGCGCGGCCGCUGCAUGACCCCAGCGGAGAGUUUGCAAUUGUAUUGUACGAUCCUACAGUCGAUGACAAGCCUAUACCGAAAGAGGAGGUAGAACCAAAGCUCAGUCAAACUGAAAAGAAAGAGCUAGAGGCUCCGCUGGUGCACAAGAGUCUGGCAGAAAUCCUGGGUUUGAAGAAGAAGGUGGAAAACGAGCGUCCACGCGUGCCAGUCGUCAUAGAUCCGAGGCUCGCCAAAGUUCUCCGUCCUCAUCAGGUCGAAGGUGUCAAGUUUCUCUACCGAGCGGCAACUGGCUUGAUUGAUCCGAAGGCACACGGCUGCAUCAUGGCAGACGAGAUGGGUCUUGGCAAGACGCUCCAAUGCAUCGCCCUAAUGUGGACCCUUCUGAAGCAAUCACCCGAUGCUGGCAAGUCGACGAUACAGAAGUGCGUCAUCGCAUGCCCUUCGAGUUUGGUGAGGAACUGGGCGAAUGAGCUUGUCAAAUGGCUCGGGAAGGAUGCCGUUACGCCCUUCGCUAUUGACGGAAAAGCUUCCAAGGAGGAGCUGAUCCAGCAAAUACGACAAUGGUCUAUUGCAUCCGGACGUGCGGUCGUCAGACCAGUACUGAUCGUCUCGUACGAAACGCUGCGUCUCUACGUCGACGAAUUUGGACAGACUCCUAUUGGUCUGCUACUCUGCGACGAGGGACAUCGAUUGAAAAACGGCGAGAGCUUGACCUUUACAGCACUCAAUAGCUUGAAUGUGCAGCGGCGAGUCAUUCUCUCUGGUACGCCCAUUCAGAACGACCUGUCAGAGUACUUUGCACUGCUCAACUUUGCGAAUCCGAACUAUCUCGGCACACGAAUGGAAUUUCGCAAGCAAUAUGAGAUACCCAUCCUACGAGGUCGCGAUGCUAAUGGAACGGAUGAAGACUUGAAGAAGGGUAAUGAACGUCUAACAGAGCUUCUAGGUCUAGUCAACAAAUUCAUCAUCCGACGGACCAACGACAUUCUCUCCAAGUAUCUCCCUGUCAAGUACGAGCAUGUCGUCUUCUGUAAUCUUGCACCGUUCCAAAAGGAUCUGUACAAUCAUUUUAUCAAGUCCCCUGACGUUCAGAGCCUACUUCGUGGCAAGGGAUCGCAGCCGCUCAAGGUCAUUGGCAUGCUCAAAAAGCUUUGCAAUCAUCCAGACCUACUCGAUCUUCCUGACGACCUGCCAGGCUGUGAGAACGCCUUGCCAGAGGACUUUGUGCAAAAAGAUGCCCGGGGCAGAGAUCGAGAGGUCAAGGUUUGGUACUCCGGCAAGAUGGCUGUUCUAGACCGCAUGCUUGCACGGAUCCGCGCCGAGACCAACGACAAAAUCGUUUUGAUAUCCAAUUACACCCAGACGCUUGAUAUUUUUGCUGCACUUUGCCGCUCGCGAGGCUACGGUUGUCUUCGUCUCGAUGGCACAAUGAACGUCAGCAAGCGACAGAAACUUGUGGACAAGUUCAAUGACCCUGAAGGUCCCGAGUUUGUCUUCCUCCUUUCGUCCAAGGCUGGUGGAUGCGGUCUGAAUCUCAUUGGCGCCAAUCGACUCGUCCUCUUCGACCCCGACUGGAAUCCAGCCGCCGAUCAACAAGCCCUUGCUCGUGUUUGGCGUGAUGGGCAGAAGAAGGACUGCUUCGUCUACCGGUUCAUCACUACAGGUACCAUUGAAGAGAAGGUCUUCCAGCGACAGUCGCACAAGCAGUCUCUCUCGUCUUGCGUCGUCGACUCUGCCGAGGACGUUGAACGCCAUUUCAGUCUAGACUCCUUGCGGGAAUUGUUCCAGUAUCGCGAUAACACGACAAGUGACACACACGACACAUUCAAGUGUAAGAGGUGCAGGAAGGAGGAUGGACGCCAAGUCAUCAAGGCGUCGGCCAUGCUGUAUGGUGACACGAGUACGUGGAAUCAUUUUGUCAAUGAUGGGGAGAAUGGCCCACUUGGAAAGAUUCAAGAUUUGCUACUGAGGCAGGAGACGGCGAAUGACCUCAAGGAUGUUAGUGCUGUGUUUCAGUACAUCAGUCAUUAGCUAUUUAGCAUUGUCAGUCUACAAUCGCACUUUCUAGCAGGCGUCGGAGUUUGGCUUUGCGCAUUGUUUUAUACUUUCUCACGGUCUUGAAGCGCGAAUUGCGUCGUUUGUGAGCGUUACAUGAUCACAGCGAUGGCAGAUUGUGAUAUUACUAUUACACAGAAACGUCAGAGCACAUAGAUAUGAGCAUCGGAACUGAUCACGUCUUGUGAAAAUGAUCUGCAUUCGGAGGAGUUUCAACACAGCCAAGC